GCGGGCUCGGGGCCGGCCCCGCCCCGCGCAGCGCCGGAAGCGGCAGCCGCCGGUCCCGGUAGGUGCCCGCCCGCCAUGGAGUUCCCGGACCUGGGAGCCCACUGCUCUUGGCCCGCCUGCCAGCGCCUAGACUUCCUCCCGCUGAAGUGCGACGCCUGCGAGCAGAUCUUCUGCACCGACCACGUUGCUUACGCCCAGCACAACUGCACCUCUGCCUACAAGAAGGAUGUGCAGGUCCCCGUGUGCCCCCUCUGCAACACCCCAGUGCCUGUGAGGCGGGGGGAGAUGCCCGACGUGGUGGUGGGUGAGCACAUUGACCGCGACUGCAGGUCCGACCCCGCGCAACGCAAGCGCAAGAUCUUCACCAAUAAGUGUAUGAAAUCUGGCUGCAAGCAAAAGGAGAUGAUGAAGGUGAUCUGUGAUCAGUGCCACAAGAACUACUGCCUCAAGCACCGGCACCCACUGGACCAUGACUGCAGUGGGGCAGGGCAUCCUCUCUCCAGAGCAGGUGCCUGGAGAUCACUUGUGAUGGUUCACAGGCAUCUCAUCUGUUUUAGGCAUGCUGCAAUUGCAAGAGCUCAGGUACCUUCCUCUAAAACUGUCACCACAUCUAGCAGUGGAGCUGCCUGGCCAGCAGACAGUCCCUCUUCUCCAGCUUCUGCCAGAGGAGGUAGAGCAGCUGUGUCACAGGCUCGCAGCACCUCCCCUCCAGCUGUCAUGCUGCAGAAUGGGCUGAGCGAGGAGGAGGCACUGCAACGAGCUCUGGAGAUAUCCUUGGCAGAGUCAGCACACAGCUCAGUGCAGCCACCCAGCAGCACACAGGAGGAGGAGGAUCUGGCACUGGCCCAGGCGCUGUCAGCGAGCGAAGCUGAGUACCAGCAGUCACAGCGGCAGGCACACCCUUCAAAGCCAUCAAACUGCAGCAUGUCAUAAGCUGGUAAGGCAGGGUGUGCCAGCAGAGAAGCCCACUUAUGACCUGAGUUGCAGCUCUGGCCUCCCACCUGGAUGCCAUGGAGGUUCUGUUCUGGACACUGAUGAUGAGAGCCUCCUGCCAGGGCUAGCUCAUCUCCCUGGGGGCUGUAAGCGAGACACAGAACACGCACAGAGACACCUCAGCACUCCUGCUGCUGUUAAAUUGGUGCAGCAAAUGGCUGAUGCCCCUGGAGAGGCGAAGACGGCGCAGGACAAGCUGAGCACAGGCUGACCAAAGCAAGCAGCAGCUCAUGCUGUGCACUUAACUACAGCUGCCUCAGCCGUGUCCCACCUCUGCUGGGACUGCAGGGUGAGGCAGGGCUGGCCUGGAGAGAAGUGCUGUGUGAGGAUAUCUGCAUGCUUGCACCUAGAGCCUGAAUGCAGCUGCCUGCCACGGCAGCAGGGGAGACUGGGUUUUGUGCUCAGAGGGCCCUGCCAGCCUCCCAGCCAAGAGCAGCUCUGGCUGGCUUGGUCUCUGGCACAGACAUGGCACAUGUGCAGCCCCCCAGCAGCAUGGAGGCAGCCCUUUCCUUGUUCCCUGUGCCUCCCCUGCUGUUUGCAUGCACAGAAGCACAUUGGCCUUACCCAGCUCAGUUUGGGCCCAGGACCUCUCUGAGACUCAAGGGGGCUGCAUUUCCUUUCUGCUGUAAUUUAACAAGGGCCAUUGACUGAAGAGUGGCUUCAGCAGUGACUUGACUGUGCCAGCAGCAAGAGUAUGGGCAGACUGCAGUUGCCUUCCUGCUGCUGGCUGCUCUCUGCUGCCCUAGACUAUCCCAGGGGCCUCUUAAUGCUGCUGGGGUAGGAAUGCCUCCCUCCUUCCACCCAUGCAGAAGGGGAUUCUCUGGGUAGCAGCAGCACAGGCUCCCUUCUUCUAAAACGCAGCCCAGAGACUGGAGCCAGCUCUGAGACUAGAGCCAACCCUUCCUUGCUGGUGUGUGGAGACAGGAGCUGACCCUUGGAUGGAGGGUGCUUGUCCUGCUGGCUUCUUGCAGGGAGUGUGCACAGCUGUGCUGCUUUCCCAUCCACUCUCUCGAGCUUCUCUGCAGGGCUGUAGUGCCCCAUUCUGAGCAGUGUACAGCUGAGGUGGGGGUUACCUGUGGGAAGUGCAUCCCUAGAGUAGGAGGUGUGUUGAGGUUGGACUGAGGGGACACUAAGGCAAAGUGCUGCUUGGGAGAAAAAUAAAAGUGUAGCACAAGGUGCAGAGA